GCAUCUUCGCCCGAGAACACGAGGAAAACAGUUGUGAAACGCCCUCGCAACCAUCGCCAUGAACGAUUCGUUACUCGAUGAGCUGGAGAAGGCGGACGUCCAUCGACACGACAUGUAUGACACUGAUGCGGCGUACCAACCGUUGCUUGAAGAGCACAACGAAGCGACCACUGUGAACCCGAUCAAGAACCAGCGAUCGCGAUCUGCCGAAGACGCUGAAGCGUUGUGGGCAGAGCUACACAGCCACCCUCCCCAAGAGCCUGCUCGUGAGUCUCCGUCUAGUGGGUUCAAGUUUCGGUCGCAACUGGCACAGCUAACGAGCAACAUCCGCCCACCCACGACCGCACGUCAGUUCCGUGGCACGGGGCCACGAGGUAGUCCCAACAAUCCCAACACUCGUGGAGGCUUCCCUCCAUCUCCUUUGUCGACGACGUCCCACACGAACAUCGACGUCCGUCGGCACCUGAAGCUGCCAUCGCUCGCCGACAUCAAGCACAACUGGCUCUUGACGUCGCGGGGCCGCCACGUUCCCGACGAGCAUGGCUAUGUGGAGAACGUGGACGCGUUCUUGAUCGCGCUGUACAACUUUUACUACCACAACGGCAUGUCGUGCUACGUAGGGAAGGAAGGCGUCCAGCUGCUGAACCUGCUCUUCACCGUGUGCCUGUCGUCGUUCGUGAUGGGGUGCAUCCAAUGGAGCGAGCUCGCGUCGUGUCCGUCGAGUCCGAAGGGAUGCAAGCGGCCGCUGUCGGACUUUGUGUCGUGGCGCUUCGAGGGCCACUUGACGUCCACGGUGGUGCUGUUUUACUUUGUGCUUUUCUUUGCAUUUUGGGUCACACGGGUGCUGGCGUUCGUGUCGAAUGCCCGGGACGCGUACGACAUGCAUGCGUUUGUGGUGGAGAAGCUGCACAUCGACGCGCGCCAGAUCCAGACCAUGACGUGGAACGACGUGGUGGACCGUGUCAUGGCGCUGCUGCCGCCCUCGCCAGCAGCCAACCAUCCAUCAUCGAAACCCGCGCCGUUUCAAUCGUCAUAUCAGCUUCAACUCGACCCAGCGCAGCUCGACACGCCGCUGGCCAUCGCGCGCCGCAUCAUGCGCAAGGACAACUUUAUGAUUGCGUUUAUGAACGCCCCCGUGUUCCAGAACACGGUGCCGUCGUGGCUGCCGCUGUCAUCGCAUGCAAUCUUCAGCCGCAACAUGGAGUUCAACCUACAGCUUUGCAUCUUAGACCCGAUGUUCGAUGACACUACCUCGUCAUCUGUCCUGUCGGCGGAAGACCUCAAGAAACGGCUGGUCACCGUGGGCAUGGUCAACCUCUUCCUCACGCCGUUCCUGCUCCUCUUUCGGUCCAUCCAGUUCUUUCUCCUCGGCGCCCAAGAGUGGUCGGUUAACCGCACGACGUACUUGAGCUCCCGUCGGUGGAGCCCCCUCGCCCUCUGGACCUUUCGCGAGUACAACGAGCUGCCGCAUGUGUUUGACGCACGCAUCCAAGCCGCGGCGCCGCUGGCCGAGGCGUACCUGGGCUUGUUUCCGUCGGGGCUGGUGUCCAUCGUUGCGAGCGGCGUCGCGUUCUUGGCGGGGUCCAUCAUGGCGGUGCUCAUCUUCGUGAGUCUCGUGGAAGAGUCGAUCAUCCUCGAGGUCGAAGUCGAAGGGCGCCAGCUGAUCUGGUACUUUACGAUUGCCAGCGGCGUGUUUGCCCUUGCCCGGAGCUUCCAGUCGACGUCGCGCUUUGUCGUGACCGAGUCGUGCGAAGACGCGAUGACCUGCCUUGCCGCCGAAACCCACCACUUUCCGUCGGCGUGGAAGGGACAAAGCCACACGUUUGCCACGCGCGAUGCGUUGCUGGCGCUGUUUCCGUACAAGACGGUGCUGUUCCUGGAAGAAUGCGUGUGUGUGAUGCUCACGCCGUUCGUGUUGAGCGUGUCGUUGCCGAGCAACGCGGACGAAAUCGUCGACUUUAUCCAAGCGCACUCGGUGACAGUGCCGGGUGUGGGCACAGUGUGUCGAUUUGCCGAGUUUGACUUUAAAGCGUACGGCGGCCAAGCCAAGAUGGAGAGCUCGUUCCUGAACUUUAAGCGCCAUCAUCCGUCGUGGCAUGGCCCGAUUGAAGGCGAAGACUUGGUGCACAACGUGAGUCGAUUUCGCGAUAACGAGCUGGAAAGGUCGCUCCGGAUGGGGGAUUCGUUGAUCGGGCCCGAGAUGUAUAUGACGAGAACGAUGCUGGGCGACAGCAUGUUUCACAGCACCACGGGAGGAGGAUUGAUGUCGCAGUCACAUCAACUGCUGCAAUCGCAAGCGAUUCACAUGGCGUUGGGAGGUGGUGGCCCACAUUCGAGCGAGUACUAUUGGCUGCAAAAGUACCACGACCGCCCGAUGAACCAUCCUUGUGGGCAUGAUGACAUCAACGAAGACUUGGAAGAAUCGCUUUCGGAAUAGUAUAAACACUAUAUAUUACAUCACAAUCGAGUAGUUGGAAGGGUAGUCAGUAGUAAUAACAGUUAACUAGUUAGUGCGUAAAUUUAUCACUUC